AUGGACGCCGUCGACGUCUCAGAGCACUACGAGGUCACCACCGCCGAAGAAACACCAUCCCUCCUUUCCAUCGUCAUAGACACUAAUCCUCGCGCCUGGGCAGCACUAGACAAUGUCCUCUCCAUAUCAAAAGCCAUCGCCAACAUCCUCGUCUUCGUCAAUGCCCAUCUAGCAUUCAGCAAUGUCAACCAGGUCGCAAUAGUAGCCGCCCACGUGAACCGCGCAGUAUGGCUCUACCCAACGCCUCCUCAAACAUCACCCAAGGAUACCUCCGACGAUGUUCAUAUGAACGAUGUCUCCAGCGAGUCCCCGCGAAACUCGGCCAACAAGUACCCGCAGUUCGCGCAGAUCGAGACCGCCGUCCUCGGAUCGAUGCAGAAGUUGAUGAGCGAAACAACGGAGCAAGAUCUCGAGGCAACUACCACCCAACUAUCCGGUGCCUUGACGCUGGCAUUAUGCCACAUCAACAAAGCCUCUCAAGCACUCAGCGGCGCAUCCAGCAGCUUAGCAGAAGUGGCCCAACCAAGUGCCAACGCCGCGCCCCCAAUGAAGGGCCGCAUCUUGGUCGUGUCCGUGUCUGAUUCCGAGCCAACUCAGUACAUACCAACCAUGAACGCCGUGUUUGCCGCCGCCCACGCCCAGGUAGCCAUUGACACGCUCUCCCUCUCAGGCAACCCUACAUUCCUGCAGCAAGCCUGUUUUAACACAAACGGCAUCUUUCUCGCCGCCGCAAACCCCAAAGGCCUCCUCACCUACCUCAUGUUUGGCUUGAUAGCGGACACGGAAGCUCGCCAGUCGCUCAUCACCCCAACACACGAUACGGUAGACUUCCGAGCUGCUUGUUUUUGUCACGGAAAAGUCGUCGACAGGGGUUUCAUAUGCUCCAUCUGCUUGAGCAUAUUCUGCGAACUGCCCGAGAAUGCGGAGUGCUUGACCUGUGGAACAAAGUUGGCGCUGGGUAACUACGGCGCUAAGCCGGCUGUUGUGCCCCGCAAAAAGAAAAAGAAAAAGAGGAUCAUGAAUGGCGGCAGUGGGCGAGAAGAGACCGGUAGCGCUACUGGUACUCCUCUGCGGUAA